AUGUUUCCGAGAUUGACCGAAAGCAAAGCAAACAAUUCUUCUGCCAAAGAUGGCGUCACCACCUCUCGUGUCAAGUCCAGCGGCCACAAACCGCUCGAGUUUGUUACGGUAACAUCGGCAAAGCAGAAGCGCAACAAGGAGAUUUCGACUGUUGUUCGCACCCAGGUCAUGAGGGACUACUUUUGGAAACGAAAAAAUCCAGACAGCACUGACCAGGCAGCGAGCGACAAUCCUACGAAUCCGUCGCAGUACAAGGGAAGAUUUCGACUCAACUCGCAGGCCACCAAGACAAAACCUAGCACAAGCGCUAGGAAAGCGAAGGGGCGAGACAAGACCUCGAAUGAAGUAGCCAGAGAGCAAAAGGGGCGUAUUAUGAUGCCCAGGGGCCCGAUUUCUGAUCCUAGUAUUUACGAUCCGGAUGGGUUUUUCGCGAGUACGCCUGCAGGGCUACUGGGCGGGAGUUUGGAUCCCUUUGACUCGUUUUCUCUCAGAUUGAAACCGGAAACCUUAAAGUUGAUUUAUUAUUAUAAACAAAGCUAUUCCAAGGACUUUCUCGAUCUCAACAUAGGAGGCGGCUACUGCUUGUUUGAUGCUCGAAAACACCGAGCUCUGUUUCAUUCCAUCUUAUAUCUAGUUGCUCUCGACUAUAACCUCAGGCGUGGGUUUACGGAUACCUUUGGAUGUCUUUACCAUUCAUCGGAGGCGUUUCGGUUGAUCAAUGAGCAGAUCCGGAACGGUAUGAUCGGAGAGGCAACAAUAGCGGCGGUUGCUCUGAUAGCAGCAAAAGAAAAUCUCUCUGGCAUGUUUGAUGUCUCGUACAUGCACAUGCAAGGCCUAAAAUACAUGGUCCACAAAAAAGGAGGAAUAGAGAAUAUCAAGGGCCUUCAUCGUGGAGUAGUCAUAUGGGCUGAUUUCUGCAACUCGAGCGUUUGGAAUUGUCCGCCACAGUUUCCGCACACCUCCAUUACGUCAAAGUACGACAUUGAGUUUCCAUCCAAAGAGUCACCGACAAUUAAUCUCUCGCAAGACGAUCCCGAUAUUGAGACGCGAGUCGUCUCCCUCGUACAGUCUCUCCGCGAAAUAUCCGCGGCAAAAGACGUAAAGGGCCACAGGAAGACGGAGGCGAGCCAUGUAUACGACAUUGAAUACAGGCUACAUCUUCUGAAAGCCGAUAUUCCCGACUGCGGAUCAAUCAGUACUGAAUUGGUUCCUCUAUGUGUCGCUCUGAACAUAUACCUUUAUUUGGCUAUACGGGAGCUUCCUGCGAGAGCUCAAAUGAUACAACGCCUGAUUGAUCGCUUACAAGCUACAUUUAAUUUGCAGCUCAUAGAAAAGCCAGUUUCAAAUCCACAUAAACAAAGCUGGAUAUUAUGGAUGCUAUUCAUCGGUUACGGAGCAGCCGUCGAAAACCACAGGCAGGAGUGGUUUGCGGAAAGUCUAAAGUCACUCUACGCUAAGUCCAGCUUUCGAGACAUGGACUACCUUCAAGAAACUCUCAAGAGCGUCUUGUGGCAGGAUUCGUGGGGUGAAUACUACUUUAAAAAGCUCAGAGAAGAAAUCGCUUGA